AUGGAAACUUUAGACAGCGCGAUAGAAUUCGAACAAGUAUUUUGUUACAAAUGUCCCAAUUGUGAAUUUGUUAGUCAAUUAAAACACGUAGUUGCAGAACAUUUAAAAAAGGAACAUCAAAUUGGUAUUGCCAAUAUUUCGGAGGAGGUAACAACUGAAUCGUCAGAUUUUCUGUUAGACGAAUGUGAUGAAGAACCCAAUCAAAUCAGUGAUAAUGAAACUGGAGAUGCUGUAUUCAGUAGUUCAACUGCUACCCCAAAAGUAUUUACAUGUAAUAUAACUGGCUGUAGUGUCCGACUGGAGGAGGAAUGCAAUGCACAGUAUCAUGCCAAAUGUCAUUACGAGAGCAGCUUCAAGUGUCCAGAAUGUGAUGAGAUGAAAUCUUCUUGGAAAGUGAUGGUCAUGCAUUUAUGGAAGAGUCACUCAGUAAAUCUUGAAUUGUUAAGUUGUCAUCUGUGUGGGUACAGAACAGGGAAGAAAGAACUGCUCAAGUUUCACGUCAAGACUCACAGUGAUCAGCGAACUUGUCCGUGUGAUGAGUGUGGCAAGGGUUUCAAAACUAUGAAGCAACUUCGAAACCACAAAGUAAGUACUUUUUAA